GCAACUUUGUUUAAACGAUUAAGUUUCGAGCUUCAGAAAAUUUGGAGACAUGGCUACUGAUGAGACCAAAGUAUCGCCACAAUCAUAUCCAAUGAAAGGUGGAGAUGGGAAAGUCAGCUAUGCUCGUAACUCCUUCGCCCAGAGGACAGCAGUGGAUGCUUCCAAGAAAUUUAUAAGCGAAGCAAUAGCUGACCUUCUUGACAUUGAAUUUGAUCCCAUUCUGGAUUUAUCUGUCAGAUUUGGAAUAGCAGACUUGGGCUGUGCCGCUGGGCCUAACACAUUCUACGCAGUGCAAAACAUCAUAGACGCUAUAGACAGCAAGUACGCAAAGCAGCAUCAGGAAUCUAAAGCUCUAGAAUACCAAGUGUUCUUCAAUGAUCACAUCAACAAUGAUUUCAAUACUCUCUUCAGAACCCUCCCCUCCCCGCUGCGAUACUUUCCUGUUGGAGUGCCUGGUUCUUUUUAUGGUCGCUUAUUUCCUGAAGCCUCUGUUCAUUUGAUGCACUCAUCCAAUUCAUUGAACUGGCUUUCUAGAGUUCCUAAAAGUGUUGGAGAUAUCAAAAAAGUGAAGUCCUUUAAUUUGCCUAUAUACUAUCCAUCACCUGAUGAGAUUGGGAAAUUGAUUCAAGACAAUGGUUGUUUAAGCAUUGAGAGGAUGGAGACAUUUACUGGCAACGGAAAGCACAUUUACAAUUCCCAAAUGUGGACGCUGGCUGUAAGAGCUGCCUUCGAGGCAAUUAUAAGUAAUAACUUUGGAAAUGAAAUCGUUGAAGAGCUGUUUGAGCUCUUCACCAAGAAACAUAUGGAUAAUGUUUCUAUCUUUAGUAGAGAUGAUGUUAUGAGUCAUGGAUUAAUUUCCAAAGAAAAAGUGAAGUCCUUUAAUUUGCCUAUAUACUAUGCAUCACCUGAUGAGAUUGAGAAAUUGAUUCAAGACAAUGGUUGUUUCAGCAUUGUGAGGAUGGAGACAUUUCCUGGCAACGGAAAGCACAUUUACAAUUCCCAAAUGUGGACACUGAUUGUAAGAGCUGCCUUCGAGGCAAUUAUAAGUAAUAACUUCGGAAGUGAAAUGGUUGAAGAGCUAUUUGAGCUCUACAACAAGAAACAUAUGGAUAAUGUUUCUAUCUUUAGUAGAGAUGAUGUUAUAAGUCUUCUACACUUGAAUGUUGUUCUCAAGCGCAAAAUUUAGUGCAAGGAGUGUCAUGACUCCAUAUCUACACUGUUCUGCUGCUUUGGUUCUAAUUUUCCUCGAGCUUGGUCUAAAGAAAUAAAACAGUCAUCAUCUCGAGGGACAACAAUUCUAUAUAGACUCCAAUUUGGAAAGUCUUGAUUUCGAAAUUUGAGAAGGGAUGGAUGAUAUUCAAUGUGUAAUCCAAAAUUAUAUA